AUGGCCCCCGACUUGAAUUCGGUGCCUCCCUCGCCGCGCCUCCCCCAGGCCUCCGCGACCGCGACCCAUCCUUCCGCGCCUACUCCCUCGAACGGCAGCAACCACCAGACCCCGCCCGCUUCUACCUCACACCCAUCGUCGCGCCGCGCUUCCCAGCUCUCGUCCAUGAAUCCCCCGCCGCUGCCCUUGGGCGCCGCAGCCGCCAACGGUUCCGCUCCGACCUCGCAGCCCCAGUCGCAGGCCACAUACCAGCCAUUUCCGCCGCUGAGCCCACACCUGCCGGGCACCGCUCCUCGCGGAAGCUUGGACGAGGCCGGCGUUCCCAUGAGGCACCCACGCCCCUUGACUGCCGCUGAGUUGCACCACGAGCUCGAGCUCGAGCAGGAGGCUGUGGUGAACCGCCUAACGCGCGAGCUCAGCGCCCUCCGCGCCCACUCGGCGUCCGUCGCCAGCUCCGUCUCGUCAACCAGCACCUCCGCCCACCCUCAUUCCAGCAACGCCUUCCUCUUCGAAGCCACCGACCCUUCAGCCGUCCAUGCCGGCGCGCUAACCGGCCCGACCCACCCCACGGCCUCGCGCCGCCACCGCAGCUCCAGCAGCGUCAGCCGCGCAUCCCAGCCGCACCGCUGGUCUGUGUCGAGCCAGAACCAGGGCCAGGGCCAAGCGCCACCAUUACAGCAAACUGAUGGUGCAGGCAGCGGAGUCAUCAGUGGUGCCAGCAGCACGUACGCAGCUGGUGUGGGCAUGGCCCGAAGCCCGAGUCUCGGUGUGGGGACAAGCGCUGCGGCGAGGUUCGAGGAGGCAGCGCUUCACAGGCAGGAACUUGAGGAGGCCAAAAAGGAGAAUGAACUGUUGAGGAAGCGUAUCAGAGACUUAGAAGCUGAGCUGCGGGGGAGGAGAUCAAGCGGAGGUCCGCCAGCGACGGCAUCUCCCAGAGAGAUAAGCCAGAGCAGAAGCUCGCAGAGAGAGGAUGCUACUACAUCAUGA